GUGCCCUGUCGCGUGCUCACUUACCCAAAUGAAAAUCGCAAUGCUAUUAUACUCCACACGGUUAAUUACCUGAACGGAAUAGAGCGACAAACCGCUGAUUCAUCUCCGGCAAUCCUAAUCGGAUAGACCUGCGGUAUAAAAUCCACCAAAUCCAGGCGCAGCCCUUGGGACAGAGCGUGUGUCUGGCAGCAGCUGACCUCGAGCGGCCGCACACACUGAAGGGGGUAGCAGUCACCCGACAAUCAUAACACCGCACAUUUUCAAGGGGUGAAAAAUAUACAUUUGAACAAUAACAAUAAAAAGGCCCCCCUCUUAAAAUGGGAAAUAACAGGAGCUCGGCACUCUCAAAGGAGCUGCUCGACGACCUGAAGCUCAACACUGCGUACUCGGAGCAGGAGCUCGCCGACUGGUACAGCUCCUUCCUCAAAGAGUCUCCGGACAGCCGGAUCUCCAGGGAGCGCUUCGAGCAGAUCUACUCCAAGUUCUUCCCAAACGCAGACGCGACCAAGUACGCCCAGCACGUCUUCCGCUCCUUCGACGCCAACGGAGACGGGACACUCGAUUUCCGCGAGUACGUGGUGGCCCUGCAUCUCACCGCCUCGGGCGAGAUCGACCUGAAGCUUGAGUGGGCAUUCUCUCUGUACGACAUCGAUGGAAACGGAACCAUCAACAAAGCCGAGGUGCUGGAGAUAGUCACGGCGAUAUUUAAGAUGAUUCCACAAGAAGAACAAGAGACCUUGCCGGAAGGCGAAAACUCUCCUGAAAAACGAACAGAGAAGCUGUGGAACUUUUUUGGCAAAAAAGAAAACGAUAAAAUCACCGAGGGAGAAUUUGUGGAAGGGGUUAAAAACAACAUCGAGAUACAGCGGCUCAUCCAAUAUGAAAAGCGGCACAACCACAAGUAGAGUGCGCGGUGGAGGAGCGGCGAGGCGGAGGGUUACUGUUGGUGGUGGUGCUGCCCAUGCCUUCACGACGCUUUGCUUCCUUGCUGUGCAAGAGCUCUGCCCUGGACGGGCGCUUCUUACCAACGUACAGCCCGCUCCUAUCAAACAACAAUUGGCCACCUUCCAUUGAGAAGUUCUUCAUGGAGGUGAAGGAGCUUUGGGAGCACUUCAGCUCAUUUACCUUCCUUGACUUCACGUGCCAGAGAUGCCACUUUUUCUUGAACUCGCUUUGGACCUGCCAAGAUAGAGGUGUUCGUGUUUUGGCUUUUGGGUGUCAUUAACUGUUUGCUUUUAUAUAUUCUCCAUGCAUCCUAGUGUUUUACCAGAGCACACUUAAUUUGGACGUGACCUAAAUGGUGAUGGCCUACAACCGCAUGACAUCAAAUGCGAUAUGCUUAAAUGUGGAUUUAAUAAUGUCGGUGAGUUAGGGCAUCAUUAGGAGAGGCGACUUAUCUGAGUUUAGCGAAAGACACCAUAAGUAGCACACAGGGAAUGUAUUAGCCGUGAAUUUGAUGGCUCUAUCUGCAUAAUCUCUUUAUAAAUUUGUCAAUCAUAUUAUUAACACAUCUACGGGCAAACCAAAUGCAUCGAAUACUCAGCAAAAAAAAUCCUUAUUGUGUAAGUGCUUACAAUCCAUACAUUUUAAAAUAUUACUAAUACAUGGCAACAUCAAGCUGUCAUUAAUACAAUCAAAAUGUAGGUUAACACAAUUAAUCUGGUAUUUUUGGAUAUGUUUAUAAGAUUAUAUGAUCUUAAGGAGAAACUCAUCUCAGGUCAAUGCAAACAUUACAGAGGUGGGCGGGGGGGGGACGCUGACACUUCCGUGGAUAAACUGCAGAAUCCAAUUUCUGCAGAAUAUUUUGUUACAUCAUAACAACGGUUGAGGCUGAUAAAACUCACGUUUCACCCUUAAUUCACGGCCUACAAAUGUUUAACAACAAAAAAUACCGUCUGUGUUACAAGUGAUUCUACAGUUCAUUGGUUGUCUAGCCAUAAUGACAAUUGCAGUUUUAUGAUAUAUCUAAAAACAAUGCUAUUGUGCACUUGUAGGACUUUUUUCUCGUGUCGUUGCUGUGAAAUAGUAUAUUGUUUUUUAACUUAAUAGUACGUUUGUGCAAUUGUAAGCGUACGGCAAAGUGCUUUGGCUGUGCGGUACAAUAAAGCAUUGACAUUG